AUGGCCGCCGCCACGCGUAAUCCAAAGGACAACAUGACGUCCACCUGGCGCUCCUGGGAUCGUUCCAAGUGGACAUUCGGCCACUGGCUUCUAGAAGUCCUAAACGUGCACCACGUCGAACUGGACCAAGAAGUCCCAGUCUUCCAAAAGACAGACAAAGUACCCUACGCAAAAGAAUUCCAAUUCCACCGCUGGGUCCUCAUCCACACUUUCAUCCCACUCAUCAUCCACCAAGCCUACGUCUACUACAUUGGCUACCCAUCAGUAUGGCUAGUCUUCGUUUUCUACAGCCUAGCCCUGGAAUUCAUUGCCGUGCACGAGACCCACGUCCUCCGCCGCAUGGGCCACACAAUCGGAUUCUUCGACGGAGACAAACACCCCCGUGACGGCGUCCCAGACGUGGGCGUCGGCAAGACCGCUCAAUCCCUCCUAUGCGUCAUUGCCGUCCGGCCCAUGAUCCUAAGCUUCCUCACCUAUCGCGCAGACGAAGGCCCCCUCUCCAUAAAAUGGGGAUGGCUCAUCUUCGAAACGGGCAUGUACCCGCUCGUCCUCGACUUCUGGUACUACACCUUCCACCGCUCCGCGCACGAGAUCGAGCACCUGUGGAAAUUCCACCGCACCCACCAUCUGACCAAGCACCCGAAUCCGCUGUUGACCGCGUAUGCGGACGAGGUGCAGGAGUUUGUGGAUAUCGUUGGCACGCCUCUUAUCACCUACGGCACCCUGAAGCUGAUGGGAUUUCCAAUGGGGUUCUAUGAGUGGUGGAUCUGUCAGCAGUAUGUGGUGUUUACGGAGGUUCUGGGCCAUAGUGGGUUGCGGAUGAUUGCUACUGCGGCGAAUCCGUGGAACUGGUUGUUGAAGUUGUGUGAUAUGGAACUUGUGAUUGAGGAUCAUGAUCUUCAUCAUCGCAAGGGCUGGAAGAAUAGCCAUAACUAUGGUAAACAGACCCGGGUCUGGGAUCGGUUGUUCAAUACGUCUAUUCCUCGGAUUGAAGGCCAUGCGGGGAAUAUUGACUAUGUCAACACGGCAAAGAUUCCGUUCUUCUAG